AUGCUUCUCGUUCUACUUGUGCUACUUGCACUGCUCGGGCUGGGGUUCACAGUCUUCUGCUACGAACGCUCAAGGCGAGCACCAGCUAUCAAUGACUUGAGUGAGUCGCCCAGUGACUCACUCCAGGCGUACCAAGACGACCCACCUCCAUUCUUCCCGGAUGCGAACGAGCAGACAACGGAGGUCAUCCGGUGUGAAGAGCUGCCAGAAACAUCAUUAUCGGAAUCGAGUCUGCCACGCGACAGGAUGCACUCGCAACAGUUUGAGCUCGGCUCCCCCGUCUCCACGAGCAGCGAGGAAGAAUCUGUUGUGCACUUCACCGGACUAGACGAUCCAUUCUCGGACACGGCAUUCAUCUCCAGUCUGGGGCGGAGCACAAGUAGCUUGAGGGAGCAAGACUUGGGAGAGCUGGAAGAUGCGCGAGCACAAUUCAUCAUGACGGAGCUGCGUGCUACCAGGAGCACAGGCGAUUCACCACAGAGUCUUGAGGCCGCGCGGCAAAUUCCCAACGUUGAGGACAGCGAUAUGUUCACGGAGUCGUGA